AUGGAUGAACCAAAAACUGAAAAAGAACAGAAUGAGCUUGAACACAGCAGAAACUAUGAUAAUGAGAAUACUGAUGAAGUAUGUGAAAAUUUAAUUGUUGAAUCACCGAAUGUCGACCGGAAAGAUUUCGAAGCAAAUACUGAUGACGCAAAUCCCUUUAAUGCCUCAGAUAUUAUAAUGCAAGGCAACGUUUCGAAUGAAUGCACCGAUAAAAAAGAACAAGCAAAUUUCUCAAACAAAUCAGCAUUUUGUAAAAAUACAUCUGACGAGAUAAGUGAUUCUGAUAGUUGGCCUGUUUAUUAUUAUGGCGAUGUCAAGGACAGUGUGCUAGUCUAUAUCAACACUGAGUACGGAGUUUUAUUGGAAGUUUCUAUGGUCCCCGAAAAGUUCAACAUUAUGGAUCUUAAAAUAAUACUGGUUAAAGAUACGGGGAUUAGUCAAGAAAAUUUACUACUCUGCUACCAUGGUGAAGUGCUGAAUUCUGAUACGCCACUUAUUAACCUAGCAAAAGAAAACAGGGUUUUAUCUCUGACUGUUUCGCUCGUAAACGUUGAAGAUUCGUUCAAAAUAAAGUUAGGAUUUCGUGAAAUUGUUUUGACAUCUGGUCUUAUCAUCAAAAUAAUUGGCAAAAAGAUUGCAGUAACAAAAGAUCCUUACAGUCAAGAAAAUAUAAUGCUAGUCCCUAAGAAAAGUGGAUCAAAUAUAGGUGCCAAAAAUGUUCAUAUAAACUGGUUGCCGUAUGAUCAUCAUAAACCAUUUCUAGGAGGAUACAAGAAUACAAUCACUAACUGCAUCUAUCACAAUGCAUCUUCGCAAACAAAACCCAUUCAAAGAAAAAUGUUGGUAGCCGUACAGACAUCCAGAGAUACACAAACAUAUAGAGUCCAUCAUUUUGGUAGCAUGACGGUAAAUCAUAUGUCCACCCAAGUACCAAAGCCUGGGUUUUUUGUUGCCAACAGUCAGGACAAAGUGAAAACCCCUGGACCAUACGAAACAGCGGAUGAAUAUCUUGCCAGAGUGCUAACGAAGAUUAUAAUCAUUCAAAAGUAUAUUCGUCGAUGGCUCGCAAAAAAGAGAGUAGCACAUCUUAAAAAGAUAAGGGAUGAUUACGCUGAGUGGGAAAAUUCACAAUCUGAAGCGUUUAAAGAUGAGAUCGCUAGAAGAAUCGCACAUGAUUUCGAGCGAAGACUUCAUCCUGAAACUGUGGAUGAUUUCGACCGACUAUAUAAUGCUUUAGAAAUGUGGCGUAAGGAAGAAGUACGUAAAAUAGAAGAACAAAAUUUAACGGAAGCAGAAAAGAAAGCAGCUCUAGCGUUGCUUUUGGAUGAAGAGGCAGAAUUAAUAUCAAUUAUAACUAAACAUCAAAAAAACAGAAGCAUGAAAAUUGCUGGAGACAUUCAAUCUCUCUGCUUAAAAAAAGCUUCAGCGCCUCAUCGUUGGAUAUCUGCAAUUGAUGGAAGAAUGAUUGAAGUGAGCACAGCUGACACAAUUCGUGCAAAAGAAUUGCUGGACAUUUAUGAAAGUCUAGGUUUGGAAAAUCUAACAGAUAAUGAAAGGCUAGAUCUACUACUCACAUUAAAGCAAAUUGUUAGCCCAUACGAUAUAAAGAUUUCUAAGGAGAUUAUAGGAUUGGUUGAUAGAGAAGCAGAACUUAUAAUGCGUCAUAUUCCAGGUAAAAGUUUAUCCGGACUAAGGCAAAGGAUUCGCAACAGAUUCAUCCAAUUCGCAAAAUUACCACAAGUUAAUCCGGAAGUAGGUAAGUAUCUUAAUGUACCAACAAACACGAAAGAAGCAACCUCUCUCUUAUCAGUCGAAGAUAUCCAAUACUGUGCCUCUUGUCAAAGAUACUUAAAGAAAAGCUUAUUCCCACUCAGUUCACGAGCAAAUAAACUACUUCCUUGUAUAUCAUGCAGACGGAAUGAUAAUCGAGCACGUGAAAGAUUGGAUCUUGAACCAUAUCAAUAUAUUUUGACAGAACUACGACAAAACGAAACUAGGCUUGUAGCAAAAAUGAAAAGAGUGGCUAUGGAAAAUGCACGAGAGGCAGAAUUACAGAGAUUAGAACGAGGUGAAUCUCCGCGACCGGAAACAGAUGAUAUUAUUGAUGGAAUAUAUGAAGAAACUUUGUGCAUAAAUCCAUUGCCGUUUUUAAUGGAUAAAGAAGACAUAAGAUUUCUAAUCGAUCGAAUUUGGGAAAGUCGCUCAGUUUUAUCAGGUUGGACAAAUCUAUUUGAUUUGACACUAGCUCGAUGGGAUAUUAAUGAACCAUGGUCACCAUGGAAUACUAUACUUGUAACCAGAGAAGAGGCUAAAAUUCACGCGAAUUUAAGUACACUUAAAAUAGAAGAAACUUAUUCAGAUCCUUUGAUUAAUUUAGUAAACCAACGACUCAUGAUGGGUAAAACUGAGUUCGUGAAAUUACGUAAAAAUGGUCUUAAAAUGACUAGAGAAUUAUUGGUAAACAACAAACCAAAAGAGAAUCCAGAAGACAUAUCGGAAAAAUGUCAGGAGUUGCAACAUUCACUAAUUCAAGAGCAGAAACACUCAAUCCAAACAUACGAUUCAACAUGUUCAUCACUAAAGACAGAGUUUUCUGAAAAAGAUAAAACAUUCACAAACUAG